GCCCACACUGCUCAGUUACAUCGCCUGUCUCUUAUAGAAACAUGUACGGCAACGUGGAUUAUGUUCCCUCACCUCCUGAAGAAGCUUCACUGAAGAGAAGCCCGUCAGAACACAGCAGUAUAUAUCUACAAGAAGAAAGUAUAUAUGAGCCAGUGCGGAGCAGUGAGAAGCCAGACUCUGAGAACCUGUGGAGAUUAUCAUCCCUUGGGAGCAGUGCGGAGGACACUACACUACGCUGGAACCAAGGCCCACCAUUAAGAAACAAUGCAUGGAUCCCUUCUUAUCAAAGGCAUUGUUGGCAGAAGCAUCGACUCAUGAUCAUCAUUUUCAGCUUUGGCCUUCUUUUCUUCUUGACCAUCUGCAUCCUGGGAUUUUACAUGUCCCAGUAUUAUGCUAUGGAAACAGAAUUAAAGACAGUAAAAGAGCAGCACAGAUAUAUUACAAUGGGUUCUUUUCUCCUAUACAAUGAGGACCAUAAGAAGUGUGCGGAGGUGCGCUCGUCUUCCUCUAGCAGAAGUGUUUUUGAGCUCACUGCAUCUGUUUGUUCUUCAGUUUCCUACUCUCAGCGUUUCCAAUGGCUCCCAGGAGGCAGGCUCAUGAGCUCAGGGGAGGGGCUAUGUGUUGGGGUGGAGGGAAGGCCUCAAUCUCUGCAGCCACUAAAGCUUUAUCCAUGUGACACAGACAAGACCUUGAGCUGGCAGUGCAGCAAUGAAACUUUGUUGGGAGUUAAAGGGGAAAAGGUUUUCUUUAACUAUGGGAAUAAUUCCAAAUAUUUGGUUAUACUUUACUGGGGCACUGGGGUCUGGAGCCGCUGGAGAGCUCGAACCCUUGAUGGGAAGAUACUAGAUGGAGGGGCUUGUGCUUAAAGGGGUACUCCGGUGCUCGAGUGCUCUGAACAUUUUGUUCAGAACGCUCGGAACCGGAGGCCGUGAUCGUGACAUCAUGGCCAUACCCCCUCGUGAUGCCACGCCCCCUCCAUUCUGCCUACACGCCCCCUCCAAUAGGCAUGAAUUGAAGGUGUGUGUGUGACAUCAUGAGGGCUGUGGCAUGAUGUCAUGGCCACUGUAGCAGGAACCCGGCAUGUUUAGAAUGCUGGGUCCUGCACCAGCAGCGGGACCCCGCGAUCCGACAUAUUACCCUCUAUCCUUUGGACAGGGGAUAAAAUGUCUA